AUGGUUUUCCGUACUUUCGCAAGGUUUUCUAAGUAUACAAGGACCUACUGCAAUAAUAGAAGGGCAUCGUCCUUUUCUUCUAGGCCUUGUCGCAAUAGUCACCAGCCUUUCUUCUAUCCAUCGUACCGACAGCCGAGUGAUCUGACACCAUUAGAUGAAGUUGACCAUCACCGACAGUCUAAGAGCAAGACGAAUUCGGGAGGGUUCUCUAACAUUGUUCCAGUUUUAACUGUCACCAAGAACUAUGUCAUAUUCGAUCCCUAUUCUAACAAGAGGAAAAGGGACAAGGAACAGAAAGCGGAGGAGAAUAAUGAAGAGCUUAAGAAGGCACGAGACAAUAUUCGCCGGAUUCUAUUGAGACGAGUCAAUGGGAAUGUGAGUAAAAACAGUGGAGUUACUAUCAAUAUUGAGUCAAUGAACCGUUUAGAAACAACGUUGAGUAUUAGACGAACCAAUUCUAAUAGUAUUAAGAGACUGGUUUUAGCCACAGAAAGCCUUCUUAUGCUUUAUCCGAAGUUACAGAAACGUACGUAUUCCACUAAGAGUAAGGCUGAAAAAGUGAGCAGUGACGACAUUACUGAUAAAAUUAACCAAUUAGAGAAAGAACUGUCAAAACUUGAGUUGAAGAAGCACAGCAAUGUUGAGGUUGAGAUAGAGAAAGAAGUUGUUGACGGACAGGUGGCUGAGUAUACGCAGGAACAGGUCAUUGAUAAGAUGAUGUCUCUGGGUAAAAACAACGAGGUUCUUGCCGUUUACCUAAGAUUAAGGGGUAAUCAUGUGGUUCCUUGCAUCGAUACUUACAACAAAAUCCUCAAAUCAAUAUCUCUUCGAGAUACUGAUGAGACUUCUGAGCAGAAAUUGACUCAUUUGUUGAAUACCUAUUCUGAUAUGUUGUCCAACAACAUCAAACCGAAUGAGGAAACAUAUGAACUUGUCAUUGAACAACUACUUGGUGGAUCCUUAGCUUCUUAUAAGCGUGGGGAGUUUAAGCAGGGGGCCGAUUUUCUGAAAAUUGCCAUGGAGUUGUUUCUGAUUAGCCAUAAUAGCAACAGUACCAUGAAGUUUAAGAACAAUACGAUCUAUUUGGAUCUUGUCAACUGUUUGAAUCGCUAUCAGAUGUUGGAUGCUGUGGUUCCGCAGACGUUGUAUUCAAUUAUUAGAGAAAGGUUGGGUAGUAGCAAACAAUCCCUUGUGGUUGAGCUCUAUUUGCAACUGAUUAGAUACAGUUCUUUGGGGAAAGAUGUGGAUUCCGUUAACAAAUUUUACCAAGAGUUGAAAGCAAACGUGAAUUCAUCUCUAUUACACAAAUAUCAGUACCGAAUUUAUGGUGAGGUACUUGAAGCAUUGAAUGUUUGUGGACAUGUUCAGAAAAGUUCGUCUAUGUUGGACAGAAUAAUCAAGGAGAUGGAAGAUAGAACUGGGAAGUCAGCUCAGACUGAUAUCUCCAAGCUUCUAUCAAGUUUCUUGAAAUCACAGGCUUGGAUUAACCCUAAUGAUGCCUACAGGACGUUAGUGAGAUUAAAUUCAAUUGACUGGCUUCCAGACGUUUCUGUUUUAUCAUUGGGAAAUCUCUUUACGUCAUUUCUAAAUGCCAACGAUUUGACUAUGGCUAUGAAAGUAUGGAACUUUACUGUGAUUAGACAGGAUUUCGAUAGUUCUAUGGAAGCUCUACCUGCUGACAGCAAUUACCUACAGUUGAAUGACUCUUUUAAUCGGUUUGUUGAAUUGUUGUUGGCUAAAGGUGACAAGAACCUUUUGAUUAAAACAGUGAGAGAGAUACUAGUUAAGGAAUCGUUGAUUCUAUCGGAUAAAGCGAUGGUAGAGAUGCUUUCAUUCUUAGAAAACGAAGGAUUCUACGAACUUGGCAAUAAAUUUAUUAUUGAUCAAGGAUUAAAAAGAGAUUCCAAGAAGUCCGGUUCACUUAAUAACUAUCUUUCGUUAGUGGUUGAUUUCAUUGGACAGGAGCAGAUUCAUACGUUAUUUGUGAGCCAGUUCUUUAAGAAGACUGUGGAGCAAUAUAGAUUGAUGAGAGACAACGUUUAUGGAUUAAUUAAGGUGUUUAACUCGCUGUGGAGUGAGGCCACAGUGACCACAGUGACCCCAGAGGCCCCAGUGACCCCAGAGGCCCCAGAGGCUCAGCAAGCUCAGCGUAAGUUGAAACUCGCGUACUAUCUGAAAGUUCUAGACUAUGAGUUUGACGAUGUGGCUAAUUACUACGUAACUCUUCCUGAUGAGUUGAAGCAGUUUGAAAACAAGUUGAGGAGGGUGCGGACAGAGUUAUAA